AUGUACCCACCUAUUCAGCCCUAUGAAGUCUCUACGUUAAAGGUCUCUGAUAUCCAUACCCUUUACUAUGAGUUAUCUGGAAAUAAAGAUGGAAAUCCUGGCGGUCCUGGAGGAGGUUGCGACGAUCAGGAUCGUAGCUUCUUCAAUCCGCACAAGUAUAAGAUCAUCUUAUUGGAUCAACGAGGGUCCGGAAAGUCGACACCGUCCUCUUGCUUAGAAGAGAAUACCACCUGGGAUCUCGUCAAAGACAUUGAGAAACUUCGCGAACAUCUCAAGAUAGAGAAGUGGCAUGUAUUUGGUGGAUCUUGGGGCUCGACCCUUUCUCUUGCAUACGCUCAAUCCCACCCUGGUCGGGUGAAGACCCUCGUACUGCGUGGCAUCUUCACGCUUCGCAAGAGCGAGUUGAGAUUCUUCUAUCAGGAGGGAGCAUCUCACCUCUUCCCCGAGGCUUGGGAUGAAUACAUUGCCCCCAUUCCCGAAGCGGAGAGGCACGACCUGAUUUUGGCUUAUCACGCUCAACUUAAUUCUGCAGAUGAAGCCACGAGGAUAAAGGCUGCCAAGGCCUGGACGAAAUGGGAGAUGGCGACAUCCAAACUCUUUGUUGACCCUGUCUACCUCAAGCGUGCCGAGGAAGAUGAAUUCUCCAACGCAUUCGCGAGGAUCGAGAACCAUUAUUUUGUGAAUGGGGGCUUUACGCGAGACGGUCAACUACUAGAGAAGCAGGAAAUAGAUAAGAUUCGUGGUAUCCCUACGAUCGUCGUUCAAGGACGAUAUGAUGUUGUCUGUCCGACGACAACUGCCUAUACUCUGAAGAAGGUUUGGCCUGAAAUCUCGCUCGAAAUUGUUCCAGACGCUGGCCACUCUUCUCGUGAGCCCGGAAUCGCAAAGCUGUUGGUUGAGGCGACCAACAAAUUCGCCGACCUCUGA